CCCUGUGAACUUCUAUGUAAUUAUGUCUAUAUUUUAUGAGCUCCAUCGUCUCCAAGGCGACGGGAAGCUUAGCCUAAGUUGAGCGCGGUCGCGCGAUCUGUAAACGGGACUCUUUUUUCUAUCUAUCUCACCUGUCACUGACCUCUGGGCUCGGCUCCCGUCCUCAUGCAUUCUUUCGUUCAAGUGCGAUUUUGGUUAACAUUUCAUAGCCCGCGCAUCCCAAGCAGAGAGCUCCAGAUCUUUUGAAUUAUUGAUACACUUUAUUUUUUCCACCCAUUUUGCAUGUGGAGCAUAUUGAAUAUUCUCCAGCGCGUAGUGGAGUGGAGACGCACCGACGGUGAAGCUCCGUGAAUGGAAGCAUGGUGAAUGAAACCCUCCCUAGCUGGGACUCGGUCGUGGAGGACCAACUGGUUCACAUCAAUGUUGGCGGACUGAAGCAGAGCCUGAACUCCAGCACACUACGCAAAUUCCCUGACACGCGCUUGGGACGGCUGCUAACCUGUGACUCCGAAGAGGCCAUCCUGCAGGUUUGCGAUGACUACGACGUGCAGCGGAAAGAGUUCUACUUCGACCGCAAUCCAGGCCUCUUCCCAUAUGUGCUGCAUUUCUACCAGACUGGAAAGCUGCACAUCAUGGAGGAGCUGUGUGUCUUCUCCUUCUGCCAGGAGAUUGAGUACUGGGGCAUCAACGAGUUCUUUCUCGACAGCUGCUGUAGCUACCGCUACCAUGACCGCAAACUGGAGAGCAGACACAAGAGCUGGGAUGAGGAAAGUGACGUCAGCAGCAUCGACACCUCGAUGGACGAGAUUUCUGACCUUAACAAGGAUAUCCAGCACUUCCAGGAUAUGAGGUGUGGGAAUGUAAGGAAGUGCCUUUGGCUCACCCUGGAAAAUCCUGGCUACUCCAUUCCUAGCAAGAUCUUUAGCUUCGUGUCCAUUGCUGUCGUGCUCACCUCCAUCGCAACCAUGUGCAUCAACAGCAUCCCCGAGUACCAGCACUUUGAUGAGAACGGCAAGCUGAUGGAAGACCCAACAAUGCAGGCUCUGGAGAUCUUCUGCAUCUGCUGGUUUACCUUUGAAGUGGUGACGCGUAUGUUGCUGGCACCCAACAGGCACAAGUUCUUCUUCCACCCGCUGAACAUGAUCGACAUUGUGUCUGUGGUGCCCAUUUACGUCACGCUUCUCGUGGACCUCAUAGCCGAUAGCGAGUCUGAGCUGGGAAACUUGGGGAAGCUGGUGCAGGUCCUCCGGCUCAUGAGGAUCUUCAGGGUGCUGAAGCUGGCCAGGCAUUCCACAGGUCUGAGGUCCCUUGGAGCCACACUGAAGCACAGCUACCGGGAAGUGGGCAUCCUCCUGCUAUACCUGGCAGUGGGUGUGUCGGUGUUCUCAGGUAUGGCCUACACCGCUGAGUACGAGGAGGACGUGGGGCUGGAUACCAUCCCGGCCUGCUGGUGGUGGGGCACUGUCAGCAUGACCACUGUGGGCUAUGGCGAUGUGGUCCCUGUCACUGUGGCCGGCAAGCUUGCUGCCUCCGGCUGCAUCCUGGGUGGGACCCUGGUGGUGGCUCUGCCCAUCACCAUCAUCUUCAACAAAUUCUCCCACUUCUACCGGAAGCAGAAGGCUCUGGAGGCCUCCGUGCGCAACAGCAACAAGAAGAGGUCCAUAGCCCCGCAGGUUGAGGUGGAUGCCGGGUCCGAAGGGGACAGUCAGUGCUUGGAGGACCUGGAGGAGGACAUGGAAGUGGGGCAGGACAGGGAAGAUGAGGGAGGAGUGGUGAAUUAUAGCUAUGUUGAUCACCCACUUCCCUGGGAGAGGAGGUUCUCUGUUGUAUGAAGGAAGGCACCAUGCUAACUCUG